UGUGUAAUAAUAAAUAUUAAUGCAUAAUCGGUCCGACUUCUUGACCGAUUUUCAGUUUUCCCAGUCGAACCGAUAGUUCAGCCUAGUUUUUAUAACACUGACAAUAGCAAGUAUUACAUAUUUUAAAAGCAUUAAAAAAUGCUUGUCAAAUUUUGCAUAAAAGGCAGUAUUUAUUGUUGAUUAUCUUUUCAAGAUCCUGUUUAAAACUUCUCUCGGAAAAUGGUGAGAAGAGCUUGUUCAAUUUUCAAUCUUUUCUUCAUUACAAUUCUUUUUGCUGUAUUUGGUAAGUUAUCCAAAGCAGCAGACUCAAAUUCAUUUGAAGAUAAUUUUAGUAAAAGCUGUCCCGACAACAAUUUCAAGACUUCCGAUGAUGGAUCAACCUGGUACCUCUCCUUGGACAAACAAGCAGGAUGUGGAUUUAUAACCAAGCAAAGAUACAGAUUUGGGUGGUUCAGCAUGAAGCUCAAACUCGUUGGAGGCGACUCAGCCGGAGUCGUGACAGCUUAUUAUAUGUGUACUGAAAAUGCAGCAGGGCCAGAGAGAGAUGAACUGGAUUUUGAGUUCUUGGGGAACAGAAGUGGGCAGCCUUACGUAUUACAAACAAAUGUGUACAAGAACGGAACUGGUGGGCGUGAGAUGAGGCACAGUUUGUGGUUUGAUCCCACUGAAGAUUUCCACUCUUAUUCCAUUCUUUGGAACAAUCAUCAGAUUGUGUUUUUUGUGGAUAGAGUUCCGAUAAGAAUAUACAAAAACGCAAACUACACGAACAAUUUCUUCCCGAAUGAAAAGCCUAUGUACCUAUUCUCAAGCAUCUGGAACGCAGACGACUGGGCUACGAGGGGUGGCCUCGAGAAAACCGACUGGGAAAAGGCACCAUUCGUGUCAUCUUAUAAGGACUUCACUGCAGAUGGUUGUCAAUGGGAGGACCCUUUCCCUACCUGUGUAUCCACCACCACUGAUAACUGGUGGGAUCAGUACAAUGCCUGGCACCUUUCAGAGGAUAAUAAAAAGGAUCAUGCUUGGGUUCAAAGAAACCUUGUGAUAUAUGAUUAUUGCAAGGAUACUGAAAGAUACCCAACUUUGCCUGAGGAGUGUUGGUUAAGUCCAUGGGACUGAUUCACAGUUCUGGGUUUUGCAAUAAUAUCUCGAGAUUGGCAGCGAUAACUUGGUUUAGCUACUAUAUGCCAGUUGCUUUAAUAAUCGAAGCAGAUUAAUUCUUUGUUGCUUAGGUAAUUAUUUUAUAACUUUGAUUGGAUAGUACAUGCUGGAUUGUGUUACCAUUGUAUUGAGUUAUUGCAUUCAUUAUAUCACAUUUUGGCAUUA